CCUUACGUGGGUCACCCACAGACACAACAUUAUUUAUAUUUAAUUCCUCAAAUAUUUCCCUCCAAUUUUUGGAGACUCUUGUCUUUUUAUUUGUUCCUUUCCCUCUAAAACUUUCGAACUUUAAAAAUUCAAAGACAGAAACAACACCAACUCAAUUCCUAUUUAUUCCAUCUCAUCUCUUCCUCUCUUUUAACCACUCAGAUCAGUUGUCUAUGGCUUCUUCCUUCAACCCUUCCUCUACUUUGAAAAACGACCAUGUCGUCUCCGGUGAAGUCCACGUCAUUAUGGGUCCCAUGUUCGCUGGAAAGACCACUUCUCUUCUUCGUCGUGUUAAGUCCGAAAGCAACAACGGCAGGACUGUUGCAAUGAUUAAAUCAAGCAAGGAUACAAGAUACGCCGUUGAUUCGGUUGUGACCCACGACGGAGUGAAAUUCCCAUGUUGGGUCCUUCCUGAUCUCUCAUCUUUCAGACAAAACUUUGGGGAGGAUGCUUACCAGAAAUUGGAUGUAAUUGGUAUCGACGAGGCUCAAUUCUUCGACGAUCUCUACGAUUUCUGUAGCCAGGUUGCUGAUCAUGAUGGAAAGACCAUAAUUCUUGCUGGCCUUGAUGGUGAUUACCUAAGGAGGAGUUUUGGGUCGGUUCUAGAUGUGAUUCCGCUUGCUGAUACUGUCACCAAGUUGACAGCACGCUGUGAAAUGUGUGGCAAGAGGGCCUUUUUUACUCUGAGGAAGACAGGUGACACACAGACCGAACUCAUUGGUGGCGCUAAUCUCUAUAUGCCGGUCUGUCGCCUCCACUACGUCACUGGCCAAGUGGUUGUUGAUACUGCGAGAAGUGUUAUUGAGUCAUCUCAUAAGAUCAAGAAUGAAAUUUCUACUGAGGCAGCCCCCACCAGUUGUUUAGUUAGUAACUUGGAAUGCAUACUUUUGCAGUCUUAAUAUAAUGACUGCUUGUUUUGGCUGGCCUUACUGUGUGUCUUAAUAUGUUCUAUUUGUAUUUGUCUUUUUCGUUUUAGUUUAUUAUGUUACAUGGAGCUCAUUGGACUUUCCAUGACUCCAUUAUAUAUGAAUGCUGCUUGAUUUGAUGUAAUUUUCAUGUAUAGAACCAAUGGAAUAUGGUUUCAGAAGAUAUUUGUUU